CCGAGACCAGGGAACAGGAGGAAAUUAAAAAAGCAAUAAUGGCGACCUUGUUCUUCAAGAUAGUUGAUCAUUUACUUAUAUUCCGUAUAUAUGCCGGGUUAUCUUUUGUAAAAGCACAGAACCUGCAAAUCCAGGUCCAACCAUCAAAUGUAAUAUUAGGACAAAAUGAUUUUGUAAUCACCUGUUCCACAAUCAGCCCAUCACAACUUGAUACAGUGUAUACUAUACAGCUACAAAAAAACAAUACUGGCACAAUACAGGAUGUGGUUUCUGUUCGUUCAAGUAACGGUCAAGAUAGAAUAACAUGGCAGGACACAAGUUUACGAAAUAGAGCAACAGCAACAGGUAAUGUCAGCUCACCUGCCACAGCUCAGCUCAAGUUCAGGAUUCCUAAGGACAGAGUGCUGUGUCCUCUAGAUUUUACUGGAUACAGGUGUAAGAUGAGUGGAUUCACAAUGGCGCUAGUUAAUCAAGAAACAAAUCAAGUGCAUGUUACCUAUACAGUAAAUCCAACAACGAUUGAAAUGCCAAAUGUGAGGAUACUUGGUGAAUUUUCUGAUACACCAUCAAGACAAUUUCCGGUUGGAACGGCUGUGCAGCUGGCAUGUACAGGACAGAUUGGUAGUGAACCAACUGCUACAAUUCGAUGGUGCUCGAAGAAGUCCCAAGCUUUUAACUUCACUGGGUUACCACAGACCCCAGUCCAUUCGGAGGCCUCGCCAUCUUCUAACUGUCAGUACAAACGUUCCAGUACCAUCACCUACAACAUCACCAGUGAUGACACCUACACACAGUUCUUGUGUGAGUCUGGAUAUUCUGGUCUUUGUGAAACAGGAACAGCCAAGCAAUAUCUGAAUAUAUCCAUAGAAGGAAGUUUUAUUACAACUUACAGAUUACCACAGUGUGUGUCCACUAACGAAAACAUUUCUAUCAUAUUUGGAUCCUUAUUUGGAGUUUUUUUCUGCAUAUGUGCAGGAUUAAUGAUAUAUAUUUUUCACUACAAGUUUUCAACCAAACCAAGUAAGUAUUAUUUUUGUAUAUUAGUAAAUGAUACGAUUCUUUAAAUCAUUAUUUACUUUUUUUUAAUUG